GCCUCCCACCUCCCGGAUGACGCACACCCGGCAGAUAUGACACCCACCAGAUGCCCUGACCCAACAUUGGGAGAAGGGCGCGAUGCGUCCGACCUGCUGAACCUAGGUGGGACGGACCUAAUUGGAUUGCAGGAGCUUGGGGGCUGCUUGGACAUCCCCGCGGGCAGAUGGGACACCAAGACGGCGUUCCUUCAAGGACAGGAGUACUCCUUUGUGAUUGCCAUGAGGGAGAUCCUCGAAGGCACCAGGUAUCACGAUAACAUUUUCAUUCUGAGUGACUUGAAUUACGAAUUAGUAGACCUCACAUCGGAGAUGGCGGAUGAGCGAAGCGCUCUCCUUAACCUUUUCAUUCGUGACGUGGGCCUUAGUUUCACUAAACCUUGCAUGUACACGUGGAGUAACACGAGAGGGGCCUCCUCGCGCAUCGACUACAUCCUUUAUCGGACUCCGCACCAGACCACUCUAGAUGAACAGGUGGUGCCGGAGUCGGAUGUUCUUAUAGGCUCGGAUCAUAGGCUCUGCACUCUCUGCGUGUCGACAGGAGCAGGUAUCAAGCGACGUAGACAAAAAAGAACCAAGUGUGGAAAGUGGAUUGUGGACUACACUAAGGCGGUCCCAGCACUCAACAGGCUGGCUGAGGCCGCCGACAUCCGUGAACAGGACCUUCACGAGAAGGACUUCGUGGAAGUGGCGGCGCGGUCGUGCCACAGACCCAGAGGGCUACGCUUCAAGGACCCCCCCGAGGUAACAGAUCUCAUUAGGGAUCGGCGGGCGGCCACGGACCCCCUACAGAAACGCCAACUGGGGAGAGAAGUUAUGGUCAGGAGAGCUGAGUGUAAGAAAGAGUGGCGAACUAAGCUCCUUGACAGGGCAGCUGCAGGUGAUUAUCAGGUCAUCAGUUACUUCAAGCGAAAACAAGGAGUUAAUUGCUCCCAACUAGAGUACUGCCAACGAUGUGGAGGGACUGGGCCAGCUGUUGGGGGCCUGAAAAGCUUCUACAAGCAGAAGUAUGAGCCGCCCGAGCCGCAAAUCCACGAUGCGUUGGGGGUGUACUGCGCACUGGUUGGGAAGGACGUGCCGGCGCCGGCCCUGGUCACUAAGGAGGAGCUGGAAGAAGUCUUGUUGCAUACUAAGAGCCGCAAAAGUUGCGGUAGGGACGGGGCCCCAUAUGAGUUCUGGUGUGCGGUUUUGCAAUCUGACGCUGCGGACCACCUCGUAGAAUUCGUGAACGACUUGCUCCUUGGAAAUAUCGCAUUUCCCCAAGAGUGGACGACGUCACAAAUCGUCCUGUUAGCCAAGACAAAAGAGCCUGCAGUCCCCAAAGAUUUUCGUCCCAUUGUUCUGGCAGCCACGCUGAGCAAGUUGGUGACCAAGGCUUUACUGGUCCGACUCAG